AUGUCGUCUUCCGGAUCGGUUCAUGGUCAGGAGCGGAUGGACAGCCGCUACAGCACGCCUGUGCCGGAGCUGGAUGACCAUCGACGACACCGAGGGUUGACCCCAGCACAGAACCCUGUGGCUGUGCCUUUUGUGGAAUUGCAACUUCCCAGUCCGCCAGCCGGCCCUUUGGGGGAGCACAAUCUAAAUGAGGUUGACUCCGCAUUGCUCAGUACGCCUGGACAUGACAGGAACACCAUCGCUCGUGACUUUGAGCAUGCUAUCAUCGAUGACGACAACAAUGAUGACGACUUUCAGCCUCCCCAAAGGCGAAACUCAAACCGUCCUCGCCAGAUGACCAACAGAGACGGGCGUCCACGCAUGAUCAUCCCGAAACAUGAUCGUUCUCGCGAUAGUUCCUCUUCUCGAUCAACGUCCCCGGCAAACUCCGUCGAGGCUUUUGCCGAACCACGACGUCGUCAACGGGCUAAUACGGCUGAGAGUGUGUCGUCGUCGCUGAUUGACAAUAUUCGUCACCGUGCUGCCUCCAUUGGCACCAACACCAGGCGGCCGACGCUCAGUGAUGCCAGCCUCCCAGGUGGCCUAACUCAGCGAACUGAUCGCGAUUUCAAUGAUGACGUGACUUUCCCAACCGACGAGGAGCCUGGGAAGACCUACAAGAUCGAUUUCGAAGAGUUAGAGGAGUAUGUGGCCCUGUGCGCGCAGGGACAAUUCCAGGACGAAUAUCAGCCUCAGGCCAUAGGAGACGGCCGUGUGUUUGAGGACCUCCGAAGUCGCGGUCAGUCCGGGGAGGUGCCAAAUGCCCUUCUUAAUGGAGACAACUUCUACGAAAAACCGCUCUUUCACCAGGACACCAAUCCAAGCUCGUGCUCGGACGAGAAGUUCGGCCUGCAGAAGACCAGCCAUCUGCAGCCAUCCAACCGCUUUUUCCUUUUCACCUCUGAGUUGACUCAAGGCAAGAACGUCAACAAGUUGGGCGACUUUGUCUCUGAUGGCACCACCUUCAGAGACCUCUUUGAUGUCGGUCCAGACGGUGGUGUUUGGUGGCUUGACGUACAAAAUCCCACAAAGUCUGAACUCGAGGUGCUGGCGAAAGCAUUCAAACUCCAUCGCUUGACGCGAGAAGACAUUGAAACCCAAGAAUCUCGGGAGAAGGUCGAGUUGUUCUCCCAGUACUACUUUGUAUGUUUUCGCUCGUUCAUCAUGGACCGCGCCCAUCCAGACUUUUUGGAUCCUAUUCACAUUUAUAUUGUUGUCUGCGGCGAUGGCGUUUUAAGCUUUUCGUACCAGCCAAACCCGCAUGCAAAGAAUGUGCGCAAACGGAUCGCUAAGCUCGGCGACUUCUUGAGCCUGGGGCCUGACUAUAUUUGCUACGCGAUGAUCGAUGACAUUGUGGAUACCUUCGCUCCCAUCAUCCGCGAGGCGGAGCAUGAAUCUGAGAAUAUCGAGGACCAAGUGUUCAUUGCUCGUGAGGAUGACUUCCUCGCCCUACUUCGACAGAUUGGCGAGUGCCGCAAGCGUGUGCUCAACAUGAUGCGACUGUUGGGCGGCAAGGCAGAUGUUAUCAAGGGCUUCGCCAAGCGAUGUAACGAGCAGUACGAAAUCGCUCCCCGAGGCGACAUUGGGCUGUAUCUCGGCGAUAUCCAGGAUCACGUCGUCACAAUGAUGUCCAAUCUAGGCCACGUGGAGAAGAUGUUAUCUCGAUCUCAUGCCAACUACCUGGCGCAGCUGAAUGUCGACAAUCUUGUCAAAGGCAACAAGACGAACAAAACGCUGGCAAGAAUUACAAUCAUCGCCACAAUCCUGGUGCCGCUGAAUCUGAUCACGGGCUUGUUUGGCAUGAACGUUCACGUACCGGGUGCCGGUGGAACGUCGUUGCAUUGGUUUUUUGGCAUCGUCGGGGGAAUUGCUGCUUUUGUUUUCACAUGUCUACUGGUUGCUAGACGAAUGGGAGCAAUCUAA